AUGGAAACCCUCAAACACAAGCCCGUUUGGAAGAGAAUAGUGCGGGCAGAACUGAUACAAGCAAAUCUCGUAAAAGGCACGGCUACUUGUGGGUUGUGUGGAAAGGUCUGGGGACAAGGCGCUCGAAAUCUGUAUGAAUGUCAGUAUCGAAAAGAGUGCGACUUCGAUAGCUGCGAUACUUGCUACUAUCCUGGUCAAUUGUGCCCUUCUGGGCAUGAUUUGACUGUUAGGGACAACGAGCUGGUACCAGGCGUGAAUCAGCUAGACCUUGAUGCACCGGGAUCGUCAUACAACCCAUUUCUCAACGAAGAUGACGACAAUGGCGGAAAUGGAGAACCUAGCAAGCCGGACGAGAACAACACACCAGGCAAACCAUCAAAGGAAGUCUCCGAAGAUGACAAGGGACUGAGAAGUCGACUAGCGAGCUCUAUUGUCAAAGAGAAUCCCAACGUCAAAUGGGAAGAUGUCGCUGGGUUGGAGACCGCAAAGGAAGAGCUCCAAGAGGCAGUGAUCUUGCCCGCGAAAUUUCCCAAGCUGUUUAGUGGCAAGCGAAAGCCUCAUAGAGGAAUCUUGCUGUACGGGCCUCCUGGUACCGGAAAGUCGUAUCUCGCAAAGGCCGUCGCAACAGAGGCAAAUUCUACGCUGUUCAGCAUUGGAAGCAGCGAUGUGAUGUCCAAGUGGUUGGGUGAAAGCGAAAGAUUGAUCAAGACAUUGUUUGAUCUUGCUAGGGAGAAUAAGCCGUCUGUUGUCUUCAUUGACGAAAUUGAUGCUCUUUGCGGAUCUCGCGAUAAAGCCGGUCAUAACCCGCAUAUGCUCGGCUUGAAAACCGAGAUAAUGAUUCAGAUGGAUGGAGUCGGGCAUAAUAACGAUGGUGUCCUUCUUCUCGCAGCAACGAAUUUACCUUGGACCUUGGACCCAGCGAUUCGACGUCGAUUGCAACGCAAAAUCUACAUCGCACUACCAGACGAACCAGCUCGGACCGAAAUGUUCAAGAUUCAUGUUGGAAAGACUCCUUGUGGUCUUACAUCGGAACAUUAUGCCAUGCUUGGUCGAAGGACCGAAGGAUUGUCGGGUAGUGACAUUGGAAAUGCUGUUCAGGAUGCUCUCAUGCAACCGGUUAAGAAAGUAUCCUCGUCCAAGCAUUGGAAAAAGGUUAUGGUCAAUGGGGUAGAGAAAUUGACACCGUGUAAACCCAACGAGGCCGGCGCCAUGCCUAUGAACUGGCGUCAGGUCCCAGCCUCCAAGCUUCAGGAGUCUAUCGUUGUAGCUGAGGACUUUUUUGAAGUACUUCAGAAUGUGAAGCCGACGGUCAGCCAACAUGAGAUCAAGAAGUAUCUUGAGUGGACCGAACUCUUUGGUAUGGAAGGCAGAUGA